AUGAACGCGGCGCCGCCCCCACCCUCGCCGGCGGCGCCACCACUGCAUCCGUCCACCGCCACCGCGACGUCGUCAAUAGAUGUCGAUUUCGCCGCAAACGCGCGGAAGGAAGAAACGCAGGCCCGACUGCUCCUCCACGCCGCCAUCGACGGCAACCUCGACCUCCUCGCCAGGAUGGCGGUGGAGAUGGAGGCGACGGCGCGGCGCCGCGGGCCUGGCGUCUGGUCGACGUGCGGACCUCAAUCGCUGCGCCUGGCCGCGGCCAACGGCCGGACGGUCGUCUGCCGGUACCUCGUCGAGCACCUUGCCGUCCCCGUCGACGCCCCCUCCUCAUCCGGCGAGACGCCUCUGCUCCUGGCGGCCACGUCCAAGCACACCGCGACGGCGGCCUACCUCCUGGAGCACGGCGCCGACCCGCGCACCGCGGAGAACGACGGCGAGAGCCCGCUCCACUGGGCCGCCUACAACGGGGAUCACGAGCUGGCAACGCUGCUCCUGUCGAGAGGCGCCAACGUGGGAGCGACCAACCCCCGGGGCACGGCGCUGCACGACGCCGCGGCGCAGGCGCACCCGGCGAUCGUCGCCCUCCUAUUGAGCCACGGUGCCGAUCCGAAAAAGGUUGCAAAUAGUGUCUUCACGCCGUUGCUCUCCUCGCUUCUCGGUGGCUCAUUGGAAUGCAUGAAGCUGCUCAUUCAGGCUGGUGCUGACGUCAAUGCCGGUGGACUCCAUGGAGCAAAAGCAACCCCUCUGUUGUUAGCAUGCAGCCGCCGCGGCAACAUCCAAUUUAUCAACUGCUUGUUGGAGGCUGGAGCAGACCCGAACUUUCCUGAUGAACUUUGUAGGUUACCUAUAGAAAUCGCCGCGAUUUAUGCUGAACAGGAAGUUGCUGAAGUUCUGUUUCCUGUAACCCGUCGCCCACUGGCUCCAACCAUGGUAGACUGGAGUAUCGGUGGGAUAGUGAGACAUGUAAAUUCUGGUGCUUACAAGGAGUGGGCGAGAAAAGCUGGUCGUCAGAGGAAAGAAGAACUGAAACUGCAAGGAAGCUCGGCCUUCAAAAUGGAGGACUAUGACGCGGCAAUUCUUUAUUACAGCAUGGCGAUGAAGUUUGAUGAUGACACAGACGCCAGCUUAUAUUCAAACAGGAGUAUCUGUUGGCUCCGCCUCGGCAUGGGCGAUGAUGCACUGUCAGAUGCCUGUGCCUGCAUCAGGAUGCGGCCUGACUUGGCCAAAGGCUACUUCCGCCAAGGAAUGGCCUUGUGUUUUCUUCAGGAUUAUGCUGGCGCUUCCGACGCGCUUCUCAGGGCUUUGAAGCUUGAUCCGAAGGACACCAUGAUCACCGAAGCCAUCCGGGAUGUCUCGGUCCAGAAACAUCAACUGUUGCAACUGAAGCAAGGAGCAUGGAAUAGUUCCAGAAAAUCCAAGGAUGUUAGGCUGGGUGGAAAUGUUGGAAUCGGGCCAGCAAGCUGGUUAGAACUGAUAUCCAAAACCUCCACCUGGCCAGCAAGCUGGUUAGAACUUAGAACUGAUAUCCAAAACCUCCAGCUGGCCAGCAAACGGGAAGUGCUGCUCAGUGAUUGUACCAUACCUUCAGUCCUCACUCACCUACCACUCCACUUGCUCCUCCUAUCGCUGCUGAUCACCACCCCGUCCUCGGCGGCAGAAGCGGAGCAGCCGGUACACGACCUCUUGCUCAGCUUCAAGGCCUCCCUGCACGACCCCUCCGGCGCCCUCUCCUCCUGGUCCAGCUCCACGCCCUACUGCAACUGGCCCCACGUCACCUGCACGGCCGCUGCCGCCAACACCUCCUCCGUCUCCGUCUCUCUCCACUUAACAUUGAAAGAUGUUUCUUCACACAAAAUUCCAUUAGUUGGGCCAGCUUUUUAUCAGCAUCUUUAUUACUCCGUAGUAUUUUCUGUUGUUACAUAG